CAUCAUACCACCAUUAGUGUGGCAACUCAAAAUUAAUUGUUUUAAUAAUUUUGCGGCUCUUUUCUUAUCACAUUUUUAGGUAACGAACGAGGUUGACAAAACUGAUAAAAGUUGACCUUAGUUUGCUUUGUUGGGCUGCUGGAAGCGAAUUGCUAUCAUUAUGGAAUUGACUGGCUGGGUAAAAAACUACGAAUGGGGACGUGUUGGCAUCAAUUCCGCUGUGGCACAAUUGGCUAUGGCUAAUGAUCCCGAUUUUAGUCUGAAUGAGAAGGAAUCCUAUGCCGAAAUGUGGAUGGGCACUCAUUUGUGCGGCGUAUCCAUAGUCAAGGAAACGGGCGAGACUCUAGACCGCGUGCUAAAAAAGGACUUGCCAUAUUUGUUCAAAGUUCUGAGCAUUAAAAAGGCUUUAAGCAUUCAAGUCCAUCCAAAUAAAUGUGAAGCCGAGCGCCUGCACAAGGAUCGGCCGGAGAUCUACAAAGAUCCGAAUCAUAAACCAGAAUUGGCCAUUGCCCUAACACCGUUCCUAGCUCUAGUGGGAUUUCGACCUGUGACUGAUAUAGCAGACUUCAUUGAUGAAUUUCAGCCGUUGACCAAGCUGAUAGGCAAAGAAGCUGUGCAGCAAUUGCACGCUUAUCCCAAUGCAGAUUCGCUAAAGUUGUGCUACGAGAAGCUUAUGAAAUCAGAUGACGCAGUCAUAGCAAAAUGCAUCCAAGAUAUAUCGAAAAACUAUCAGAAAGAAUUGAAAGAAAACGAACUUUUGGACGUGUUCAAUACAAUUAACAAGGACUUCCAAGGAGAUGUCGGGGUUCUAUCUAUAUUUUUCCUUAAUCUUGUCCGCCUACAACCCGGACAGGCUAUUUAUUUGGGAGCCAAUGAGAUACAUGCUUAUUUGGAUGGCGAUUGUGUUGAGUGUAUGGCCUGUUCUGAUAAUGUAAUACGCGCCGGUCUAACUCCCAAAUACAAAGAUGUUGAGCAAUUGAUUGCAUCAGUUAUAUUCCAAGGAGGUGCUGCUCACAGCAAACUGUUCGUACCCUAUCGAAUUGACGAUACCGUGCAGGUGUAUGUGCCACCUGUAGAUGAUUUCGCCGUGAUAAAUGUGGCCAUAAAGCACACUGUUGACACUUAUAAGCUGCAAAUCCAAGCGUUUGGCUCCAUUCUGCUAUGUCUGGGAGGAUCCCGCACACUGCGCCUGAACACCAAAGAUGGCGCCAAAGACAUAACCCUGACCCGAGGCAGCAUUGUGUACAUUCCGGUCGAGGCGGCUCCAGAAAUAGAAUUCGUUUCAGCCGAAGAUUGCGGAGAGGAUUUCACUGCCUACAUAGCCACUUACAACUACUUUAGAUUGGCCUAAAAUACAAAAUUUUUAAUCUUCAAUAAUGUGCAAUAAAUCCAUAAAAUGAAA